ACCAUGCCCGCCUCCAUUUUUAAAACCGAACAAUUCUUCCCUCAAAACACCACCUCCUCCACCUUCUCAACUCCCUCAAUUCUCACCAUUGGGUAAAGAUGGAACCGUCCUGCCAAAGCUAAAGCCUCUUCAUUGGGACAAAGUCAGAGCUACACCGGAUCGGUCCAUGGUGUGGGACAAGCUGAGAUCAAGCUCAUUUGAGUUGGAUGAGGAAAUGAUUGAAUCACUAUUCGGAUACAAUCUACAAAACUCUAUGAAGAAUGAGGAAGCAAAGAGCAAAACCCCUUCUCCAAGCAAGCAUGUUUUGGAGCCAAAGAGACUACAAAACAUAACAAUACUUUCAAAAGCCCUCAAUGCGUCUGCUGACCAAGUAUGUGAGGCACUAUUACAAGGCAAUGGUUUGUCCUUGCAACAACUAGAGGCCCUAGUAAAGAUGGUACCGACCAAAGAAGAAGAGGCGAAGCUUUGCAGCUAUGGAGGAGACGUCAACGAGCUAG